ACACUUCCGCCCUUCACCAAUAUGGCCGCAGGCUGGGACUGCGCAUGAGCAGCUGUCUAUGGCGAGACCUAGCUCCAAAGACGGAGAAGGCUGCCGGGGGAAAUCGGCGACUGAAGCGGCCUGGCCCGGUUCUAGAACCUGGAAAGCUGUUCAGUUGCCUGGCCUCACUGCAAACUCUGGUCUCCACCAGGACUUAGCAUUCAGGCAUUUGAGUCAGGAGAUACGAAGUCCUCCGAAAAAAGACCAGUGCCUCGGAUGAGCCCCCUCACAGAGAGAUGAAGGGGCAGCAGAAAACAGCUGAAACCGAAGAGGGGACAGUGCAGAUUCAGGAAGGCGCAGUGGCUACUGGAGAGGACCCAACUAGUGUAGCUAUCGCCAGCAUCCAGUCAGCUGCCACUUUUCCCGACCCCAACGUCAAGUACGUCUUCCGAACUGAGAAUGGGGGCCAGGUGAUGUACAGGGUGAUCCAGGUGUCUGAGGGGCAGCUGGAUGGCCAGACAGAGGGCUCUGGUGCCAUCAGUGGUUACCCGGCCACUCAGUCUAUGACCCAGGCAGUGAUCCAGGGAGCUUUCACCAGUGACGAUGCUGUUGACACGGAGGGUGCAGCUGCUGAGACACACUAUACAUAUUUCCCCAGCACCGCAGUGGGAGAUGGGUCAGGGGGUACCACAUCUGGGAGUACAACAGCGGUUGUUACCACGCAGGGCUCAGAGGCACUACUGGGGCAGGCAACCCCGCCCAGCACAGGUCAAUUCUUUGUGAUGAUGUCACCACAAGAAGUAUUGCAGGGAGGGAGCCAGCGAUCGAUUGCCCCCAGGACCCACCCUUAUUCCCCGAAGUCAGAGGCUCCCAGGACAACUCGAGAUGAGAAACGGAGGGCUCAACAUAACGAAGUGGAGCGCCGCCGCCGCGACAAGAUCAACAACUGGAUUGUACAGCUGUCCAAAAUCAUCCCAGACUGCUCUAUGGAGAGCACCAAGUCUGGCCAGAGUAAAGGUGGAAUCCUGUCCAAAGCCUGUGAUUAUAUCCAGGAGCUGCGGCAGAGCAACCACCGGCUGUCUGAAGAGCUGCAGGGGUUGGAUCAGUUGCAGCUGGACAACGAUGUGCUCCGGCAACAGGUGGAAGAUCUCAAGAACAAGAACCUGCUACUGCGAGCUCAGUUACGGCACCACGGACUAGAGGUCGUCAUCAAGAAUGACAGCAACUAACUCUGGGGACUCAGGGGCUUUGGGCUGAGGACUGCACACGGCCCGGGAGCAACACGCUGACCCCAUGCCCCUCCCCUUCACUGCCUCCUUCUGGCAUGGGACUUGGGGGAGGUUGGCAAAUGUGUUUCUGAACUAAGGCCCUGUGGCGUGGCAGUCUGCUGUGAGUGGUGUGAAACAAACAGUGCGGACGUGCACCGACAGCCUGGCCUGCUCCCUCCGUGCAGUCCCCAGGCAUGCAGUCCCCAGGCCUGGUGCGCCUUCGGCACACUGCAUGUGCUGUCUCCUUGGUGGACACUGGACACACUGAAUCUGGGCUUGCCGUGUGCACGCUUAGAGUGCCUGAGAGAGGGUCUGCGGGCCCAGUACUUGCACUGGCUCUUCCUUUGCUUUCUCUGGAGCAGAAGUUAUGAUGCAUACCUGAGUACUCUGGGGAGCAGGCUUACUCAAGAGGUGGGAAAGGAUGCUAGCUGGCUGCUAUCCCAGGAGUAGUAGGGGGGCCAGUGAGCAGCUGAGGCCUCUAAAAAAGCCUCUGGAGCCAGGGGGAACUGUAGGCAGGGGCGGGUUCACCGAGAGCCUUCCCCAUUCCAGGGAUGGGUCUUUUUAUUUUUUUUUUUAAAGAUAAAAUUGUUUAGAGCCACA